AUAAUUUUCAGAUUAUUUUGGUUAAACCUUAUACUUAAGUUAUUCAAUCUAGCGCUUAUCAUAAUCAGUAUGGCUAAGUAUGAUGAAAACUUGAAAGAAAAUCCUUUCUUUAUUUAUGUUAAAGAAAACCAUGCAAAUGUCAUAAAACAAGCUGCUGAAGAAAACUGGCUAUUAUGCAUACCUCGGAAAGCUACUAUUCUCAACACAGCUUUCACCCAGGUGGAUGUUUUGAAACACACUCUUGUACCUGAUGACAGCAAUGAGAAUGUCUUCACUACUCUCACAGACCAGCAAGUUCAUCUACUCAAAGAUGCUCUUGUUACAGAUGAAGAAGUGCAUGACAAAAGUCCAAACAAGAAGAAAGUUUUAAUUUUAUUCUCAGAAGUUCUCUACGAUGAGUUUGGAAAGUAUGGACUUAUGUGCCUUGAAUGUCCCUUGUUUUGGAAUAAACCUGUGGAUUCUUUGCCUUCCAUUUUGUCCAUCCAUGAUGCAAUAAACUUUCUGUGCCAAGGAUUACAGAACUUUACAGUCAUGCACAAUCUUGACUCAUUGGCUGAAGAUGUAAGCCUGAAGUGUGAAAAAAUAAGUGAGCUUCAACCUCUAAUAGAAGUUGUUAUAAAUGCUUACCAGCUUGGCUGUAGCUUAGUUAUGAAUCAGUCAAGUUUUAAAGCAAAGGUGACUUCUGAUCCAUAUUAUAAAAAACUUCUAGAGACAUCAGUUAUUACUUAUCUUCAACAUAAAAUUUUUCCCUCACUUGUGGCAGUUUUAAAUGUUUUUGCUUGUGCCAAAGAUGCAACAUUAAACUUGCACUUGAACAAUGCAUCUGGCAUCACUUGCACUGAUGUCAAUCUUCAGUAUAGUGACAACUACAAUGUGUCUGUGAAGGAACUAAGGACAUUUUUCAAAUUUCAAACUUUCAUUGACAAAGCUGAAUGCAUAAAAAAAGUUAUUGCAACUCUUUGUGCGGAGAUUCGCUGUGCAACAACUGAUGAACUCAUACCAAACUUGUGUUAUGUUGUUGUAAAGACAGCCAUGCCAAAUUGGUAUGCUCACAUGAUGUUUCUUAAGCACUUCCACAUUGAUGGUGAAGAUAAACAAACUGGCGAAAAUUACUUUCAUUUUGCAACUCUGGAGGCUGUGUUAGAAUUUAUUUCCACUGGUGGCCUCUAUAAAAAAAUUGAACUUGAACAUGACCAAGAAGAUUCAGGCAAUUUUUUAUUAAAAAGUGAAGUUCAGAAAUUACUGACCAGAAAUAAUGAUGAAAAAAUAACUGAAUAUUUUCAAUAUAUUCAACACAGCCAACUUGUUGAAAUCAAUGCCCUUUUUGAAGAAAGCUCCUUCAAAUCCAAGGAUGAUAUUAAGAAAAAACUAUGCCACCCUUUGUGCACUUGCCCUCGUUGCUCUACUUUAUUAGAUCAGGUGAAGAAUUCAUGUGUCUCUGCCAAGACCUCAGAUUCAGAAGGCUUUACAGGUCUCCAUGCUGCUGCUUUUUUUGGCUGUCCUAAAGUAAUAAAACUACUGCUCAAAAGAGGAGCUAACGUCAAUGCACGAUGCAACCAAGGAAGCACUGCUUUGCAUUUUGCAUCCAUGAAGGGACACAAGAAUUGUGUUCUCCUCUUGCUACACAAUGGGGCUGACAUAGGUAUUGCAAAUUCACGUGGAUACAUGCCCCUGCAUCUGGCUGCUGAAAACGGGCAUGUCAGCUGUGUGAAGAGCCUCUUAUUCUAUGCUGAGCUUCAUGGUUCAAUUGACUGUAUGGCAGUUGAUAACAAUGGUGAUACACCUUUGCAUUUAGCUUGCAGGUGGGGAUUUCAGGACGUGAUCAUUGUUCUCUUGGAACAAAUGAAGGAUGGAAAUUAUGACCUGAUGGUGAAAAAUAAAGCUGGCUUUGCUUCAACUGAUCUCUGCCUUAAUCGAGAACUACGGAAACUUGUGCUGAAUGCUCACCAGCAAAGAGCUUCCAACAACCACUUAAGGCCUGAAAUUUUUUUGUGCAAAAGGGUCAGUAUUGACAGUGGUUGUAUAUCUCAAAGCAGCCCAGCCAUAACCACUGUCAAAGGAACACCAAAUGCAUCUGAUGAUAUAUCAUGCUCUAUGGUACCUAGUAAAAAUGUUACUGCAACUCAUGAGCUGGAUUAUUCAAUUGUUGAUCCACCAAUCAAAGAGCUAACUCAAAGUGAGUCUAGACAAUUAGAUGAAGCAGUAUGUGCUAUCCAGGAUGGUGAAAUAGAAAAAGCUCUACGGUUACUUUCUGUGCCUACUGGUAAUUUUGAUAAAGAUGCAAAAUUAUCAUCUCUGUGUCAUCCUUUAUGCCAGUGUUGUGAGUGCCUGAAAACAAUGCCUGUAGAUGACCGUCAAAACGCCUGUGGUUUCAUCAAUUCAUUGGGUACUGCUGGCUUAGGUGUACUUCAUGUUGCGACCAUGGGUGGACUAGCAAAGCUUGUUAAGAUUCUUUUGUGUAACAACUGUAACCCAAAUGUAUUAUCAGGCCUCCAAAAUGGUAGUGCUACAGCACUUCACAUGGCCUGUGAGACAGGGAAUUAUGCCAUUGCCCAAAUGCUUCUCCAGUAUGGAGCAGAUGUUGAUGCUAUUGAUAUCAAUGGCAACACACCACUUCACAUAUCUGCAGCUGGGGGUAAUGCUCGACUGCUUCAUCUCCUAAUUAGUAGUGGAGCCUCUAUAUCAUCCAUUAAUUAUAAUGGUCAAAGUCCUGAAGAUGUUGCUCGGCAGUUUGGAUAUCUUGCUUCUGUGGAAAUGCUCCAACCGCCUCUCAGUGAUUACAACUGAUGUCAUUGUCUGGAGUCUUCCAAUAUUUAUUAAAUAUUAGUGUGUUUUUCAUAUUUACAU